AUUCACAGUCAUCCCCGUCCCCUUCCUGCUUGUUCCUAUCAGUGUGAUUCCCUGUCAAAGCUGAGAAAGCAGAUCGAUUGCACCCACAGGCCCAUCAAAUGUUUAUUCUUCCUGAUGGAGUCGGACGAAGAUAGAUUGAAUGUCGCGUCUAGUAGCGACGUUACCAAUCCUACUGAUAAACAACCUGGGCGUGAUGCUUACUCACUCUUGGCGUUAUCAAAGAUGAACGCGUUCCGUAAACGCGGUCAUCUGUGCGACGUGGUCAUCAAAGUGGGGGGAAGAGAAUUCUUGGCUCAUCGGGUUGUCCUCGCAGCUACAAGCGACUACUUUAACGCUAUGUUUUCCAACGGUAUGGCUGAGUCCGCUCAGCUAGAAGUUGAACUCAAAUCCAUCUCUCCAGAUAUCAUGGAUGCAUUACUGGACUACGUGUACACCGGCCAAGUCCACGUCACUAUGGAAAACGUGCAGGAUCUGCUUCCCGCUGCUAGCCUUGUUCAAAUGGAAGGUGUUAAAGUGGCCUGUUCUAGCUUUUUGUUAGCUGAAGUAGACGCUUCCAACGUGCUUGGUAUCCGACGCUUCGCCGAGCUUCACAGCUGUGCCGAGUUGGAGAAAUUCGCUCGGAAUUACGCGGCACACAACUUUGAACUUGUGGUGGAGUAUGAGGAAUUUCUCUGCUUGAACCACGAGGAACUUCUGGAUUUGAUCGUGCGAGAGGAUUUACGCAUCGAUUGUGAAGAAUCCGUCUACAAGGCGGUGAUGCGUUGGGUCUACCAUCAGGUUGCCGAACGAGCUCCUCAUCUUCCCAACUUGUUACUGAACAUUCGCCUUCCCGUCAUGUCCGUCCGCUUCCUCACCGACAUCGUGGACAAAGAUCUCCUCAUUCGUCAAUCGCUGGAGUGCCGUGAUUCGGUAGACGAUGCCAAGCGGUUCCACUUGCGUCCCGAUCUACGACACGAGAUGCGAGAUCGGCGUUAUCAUCAACGUGAUGGUGGCGAUGAAUAUUUGGUUGUAAUAGGGGGCUUCGGUUCGGAUCAAAAUCCUUCAGAUUCCGUGGAAAUGUUCAAUCCGCGCACACUAGAGUGGAGCGAGCUUCCGGACCUACCAGUCAGCUACCGCUACGUAGCCGCUUGCUCGUUAGACACGUGUGUCUAUGUAAUUGGUGGUUUUGAUGGCAGGGAGCGAUUGAACACCGUCUGUUUGUUGGACAUCGCACAUCGCGAUGAAGGCUGGCGGUGGCUAACCCCAAUGCACUACAAGCGUGGCCUUUCAGCAGCUUGCACUCACAAAGGUCUCAUUUACGUUUGUGGUGGAUUUGACGGCCAGUCACGUCUCCGGUCGCUCGAGGUGUAUCAUCCGAAAAUUGAUGAGUGGCGAAUUCUCGAAGACAUGACCACUGCAAGAGAGGGCGCUGGUCUCGUAGUUGUCGACGACACACUGUAUUGUCUGGGUGGCUACGACGGAUCUCAUCUGUUGAAUAGCAUGGAAGCAUUCAGUCUCCGCCACGGUACAUGGUCCGCUUGUAAACCGAUGUAUAUGCGACGUUCCGGAGCUGGUUGUGCCCUCCUCGGGGACACCAUCUACGUUUGCGGUGGCUACGGUGGGGCGGAAGGCCGCGGACCCCUGCAUUUAGACACCGUGGAAGCGUACCACACUCGUCUGCAGCAAUGGACUCUGGUCACCAGCAUGAAUGUGGCUCGUUGCUAUGUCGGCGCUUGCCCUUUGGCCGGCAAGAUUUAUGUUGCUGCCGGGUACAACGGCAGCCGUCUCUUGAACACGGUGGAGUCAUACGAUCCGUUGGAUAAUGUCUGGUGGCUUCACGACGAUUGCCGAAUGAACCAUGAGCGCUGUGACACUGGGAUGUGUGUUGUUCGCUUUCUGUCUUGUGCAGAGCCUCCAAUCCCAUCUCAAGCCGGAUCCACUAGCUCUAGAUCCAUGUCCGUCGCUUCAACUGUACUUCCCGCAGAAGCGACAUCAAGGUCUGCUGCGGUUACCACUGUUUCGUCUGGUCUCGCAAUGACUAUUCGGCCACCUGUUGAUGCGCACGGCCAUCGAAUUCCAAUGCUUCCUCUUAUCACCACACAGCUAAACACUACUACUACUAUUUCCGCCGCUGCUGCUGUCCCCAACCUUUUUCGCCCCCUUACCGAUUCGCGUUUCCCCCAUUCUUCUGAUACCCCGAGUGAACAAAGUUCGCGAAUCUCCAACCAUUCUCGAGUGGGAUUGCCGUGCUCCACCGCAUUAAGCUUUGCAUCCACAACCUCGCAUCCAACACCAGGACAAUCGGACACACGAACCAUUUGCUACCCACCACUCAGUCGCCAUUUAAAUUUGCCCAACCGGCAACCAUUCCACAGAGGGCUUUCUGCAGGGAGUCAUCUUCCGCCUGGAUUUUCACCUCCCAUCAGGAUACCCACGUCUUCGCGCUCAUCGCACUCGUCCUACGCCAGAGCUACGACACAACUGCUCGCGGUUACCUCCGGUGGGGAUAACCUGUGGACCGGUCUUGCAAUGGAUGCGGGAUUGCCUAGCCGCCACUCAAGUACACCUGUAUCGACGGAAACCUCCGAUUUUGUCGGCACGUCUCACCUGUUCUCCAUGGACACACACGCAAGCGACGAGCAACAGCCGCUUAGCGAAUCGUUUAGCUGUCAUUUGGAUCACUACACCGCCACCGCCACAGCUAUUGGGAGCAUGUGUUCCGAUGACAUGUGGCCCAAUCAGCCGUUUUUGCAAGAUUCGGAACGCACCAUCAUGGAGAGCGACGAAUGUCGCCAAGAAACACCAUCUUUUCCCGAUCUACCCAACAUGUGCUCGCAAACCAUUGAAUUCCAUCCGUCUGAUGAUGGCAUGGAGCGUUUCGCUGAUGGUGCUGGCUUCGGUUGCAGCAACUCCAGCAGUCCAACUUUGAAUCGAAAUUAUCACUCUGCUCCGAUCAGUAGUUCCGAUCAACCCUGCCGACCAGAUCUGUGCCGCUCUGCAGAAGCGCUGGAUUUGACCUGUCCGCCCUGCCGAUUAUGGGUUGACCAAGAUGGUAGCUCACCUUCCUACGUUGAUGCACGCGCAGUUGUUGGUCGUCAACCGGAUAUUUGUUCUUCUCGAGAUGAUCGAGGAGCUUAUUCACCCCAAACACCUGACGAUAUCCACGCGGAUUCCAUAUUUGGGCUUCCAGGACUGGAUAAUACACUUGUGGAGGGAUACAGUCGAGAUACCCUGUCUGAAGAUUCAGGGGAUGAUACCGAUUCAGUGGCACACUCCCCAAUCGGCUCAGGUAGAGCUGUUCGCGAUUUCGCCAAUCUGAACCUGAUCGACAAUAUGACGGAUCCUGAAGCAGUCGAGACUACCUCGACUGAUUGCACUCUUGCAGAUUCCACCUCGCUCUCCUUUUUACCUGCUGGCGAUGCUGGUUUAGCGACUGAUGAGAAUACGUUCCCCAGAGCUAUCACCGGUAGCGGCAGCGCGGAUUCUCUCGCGUGUUGUUCUAGUACCACUGGCCCCCCGGUGACUUCCUGCGGUGACUGCACCCGUUGGCCUCGAGUCUUCGGACCUUCUUGUGGCAGAUCCAAAGUUAAGCCUACUAUUCCGCACCCGACCAUGGUGGACCAACGCUGGCCACGCCGCUACUGUGCAGAGGAGCGUAAUCGCUACACCCCCGGCUGUCAUCCCGGUCCAGUCGUCAACCGCAUCAAGCGCUCCGCUUGCGAUUCGUUGGGCAUCCCCAGCACGUCGUGUGCCGAUCAUUGCCCUGCUCCUUCCAUCCCGGAGAGUGGCACAGAUGGCUCGCAUCUCACUGCACCGAACAGCGGAAUAUCUCUGCAUUCUAAUGAACAUGAAUUUCCACGAAUCGCGAACACCGACCAUUCUGUCUGCCAACCAACCGAACCCGCUCCUGACCUGCACGUCCCCACUCAAGUAGUGCUGCACCCCCAACCCGAAGCCGUUGGACUUCCGGACGAGCAUAAUAAUAACAUCGCUUCAGACUCACGCGAUCUAACCGGUGCUCACAGCUCCACAACUUUGGAUUCAGCACAACCAACCGUCUCUGAAGAGCUCCGUUCCAACUCGGAUUCUCGUUCAGACGGUGAGGGUGAGGAGGAGGAAGAGGAAGAUGCCGAAGAUCCGUUUGUGUCCCGGCAAAGUCCGGCAGUCGGACGCUCAGGUGGCGAACCUUUCUGAAUCAUGCACCUUCAUUUAGCUUUUUCCCCACUACCUGGCAGGUGGUUGAUUUUAAUUUCCUCGCUCCUUUACCAUUCGUAUGAUCCAUCCGGUUCCUCCCUUCAUCUAUGUCUUGCGUUGAUCGUGUUCGUGUGGCUUUUCACACUCCGCUGUACAUAAGUUAAUUUUAUUGCUUUUUGUCUUCUUCAUGCUCCACUCAUCUGAUUCCGCAUUGGCUUGUGUUCUCCACUUCACCUCUGCUGUUACGCUUUGACAAAAAUUUGGCUUCACAUGCGUUGCUGCCUUGUUCCAACUUCUCGUGAGCGACUUUUCCGCAAUUUAAGAAUCAGGUUGCAUUGUUUGCUUUCACUUAAUAACGAGGAGACAACCUUUGGAUCUGUUCAUUGACAAAUCCAUACCACCUAUGCGCCGUUC